UGUAAACAUUAUUACAGAACAUCAAUAACUAUGAAAGCAAUGCAACUGUUAUUUCAAUUGUUUAUACGUUAGAGUCUUAAGCCGUCACUCGAGACCAACCAUUGAUUGUAAUUAUAUUUGACUUUAAUUGUAAUAAUUAUCGCAAUUAUAAUGUAAAGAGUGUCGGACUUUGUUAUCAUUAUUAUUGAAUAAAUAAUUGGUUUUAGUAUUAUAUGACAAAUCCUAGUGACAAUUGAUCCAAUUGAUCCCGAAAUGGAGAACAGUAUCCCUUACCGCCCGAAUCCCAACAGUAUAUACAGUCAUCCGUCAAAUGCCAGUCCCUAUCAAAGUUCAUCUCAAAAUGCAAAUGCCAUGCGAUCUGAUCCCAAUCCUAAUGCCAACAAUCCAUACGCCAAACCCAAUCCAAAUGCAAACUCAAACCCGACUUCAAAUCCAAAUUAUAAUUCAAACAAAAGUCAAUCGUCAUAUCAGAGACCACAGCCGCCAACCGGUAAUCCGAACGCCGGUUACGGUCGCGAUGUCGAUGAAGAUGGUAUGACUCAGAAGGAAAGGGAGGAAAAGUUGUUUCAGGAGAAGUUGACAAUUGUUUUCCAUGGAAUCAACACUAUUGACGAUCUGAUCACUCUCAAAGAACAGUACUCACAAAAGGCUACACAAUUGCAAUCAAUUCUCGACAAGUCUGCCAUAAGAGAAGGUGAGAUCUUAAGAAAUAAGAACCGUAACCGCGAUAGUUAUAAAGACCCGGCACUUGUCGAGUGUCGCCGAUUACAAGAUGACAUCAAACGUCGAUUAGACGAAGUGUAUAAAAUGAAUGUCGAAAUCGACAAAAGGAUUCGUCAAUACAAUAAAAUAGUGAGGAAUCAGUUGGACACCGGAGACAAUGCAAAUAAUGCCGGACUAUCACAACCCAGCAAUUAUGAAGCACUGCUUAUUCAAAAUUCAAACAUUACUUCAUCUAUUAAUGAUGACGAACAAGACGAAGAAGAGGAUGAAUUUGAAUACGAAAACUCUUUAUUCGAGUACUUCGAUCCGGGAUCUCAUUGGUGUAGAGAUUGUGAUAAAAUGGUGCCCAAAAUUCAAGACUAUUUUGAACACUUGCACUCUAAGGAUCAUUGGAAGUUAGCGCCAAAUGAAUUGAAAUUGUGGAGAAAACAAUCAAAGAAACCAUCGAUUGCUGAAAUCAUUUCCGGACAUAACGCUAAUAAAUAUGGAAAAGUUGAAGAAAAAACUAAAUCAGCGCUAAAAGGCGCUCAGUUUUUAAUACCAAUUAAGGGAUUUUAUUGUCCAAUUUGUAGCUUAUAUAUGGCUGAAAAUAGUGUGGCUGAAGAACAUCUAAAGUCAGCAAAACAUAACCGAUUAUAUAAAAGAUUUACACUUUAUAAUCAAGACUAUGAACACAAAUGGAGUACAGAUAAGGGAAAGGCAUUGGGAAGACAUCAACAGUCAGAACGAAAACGACAAAAGGAAGAGGAAGAGAAACAAAUUGUUUUACAGAAGAAGAAGGAAGAAAUGAGGAUUAAAGAAGAAAAAGAAGCCAAAAAAAAGAAGAGAGAAGAAGAUAAAGAACGAGAAGAGCGCGAACGGGGACGUGAAGAGCGAGAGAAAGAAAGACAUAAGUUUAACAAGUCUUUAACCAGCAAUUCUUCAGACAGAUUCAGACUAAAGGACGUGACAACGGAUCUCAAAAGUUCUAAAGACAGUAAGAGUUGGUCUAAAGAAAAAGAUAAACACAAGGAAAGGAGUCGAGAAAGAGAACGUGAGAAGAAUAAAAAGCGAAUUUAUUCGUCAUCUGAUGAUUCUUCGCCAUCAUCUUCACACCAGAGAAAGAAAAGAACAUACUUUGGUGAUCCUUAUGAAGAUCCUAAACUUAAACUGAAGACAUUUGUACAUUUGACGCGAUUGAAUAGAAAGACGGCUAAAAGAUUUUAUUGCGAUCAACUCAUUAAACUCAUUGAUAGACCAAAAGAUUUUAAACUUGAAGUCAAAGCUCCCAACUCUCCCAUUAAAUUAGAGAUCGAUGUGAAUAAUGACGAAGAAGUUGACAGUAAAAAUCUGAAGGGAGUUGUCGAUGAUAUUCUUAAGGGUUUAGAUGAUGACAAAGAUGUUAAAGAAUCAAUUGACAUAAAAUCAGUUAUUAAAUCUGAUGAUUCACACAAAGAUGUGAAUAAAGAAGAAUCUAAUGAUAAUUCAAAAGAUAGUCUGAAAGUUGUGGAGUUAGCUCAAGAUAUUAAAGAAAAUAAUGCUAACGAAGAUAAUGUUGACAAUAAAGAUAAAAACAAAGAGGAAGACAACAAUACCGUUGAUAAUAAACUUAGCGGUAAUCUGAGCACCGGCUCUGAUAAACAAUUAGUCAUUGAAACAAAUGUCCAAAAGGAUGAAAUUAUGAAAGAAAAUGAAUCAAAUGAUGAUAAUGUAAACAAAGAAGAAAAGGUAAUUCCAGACAUUGAGAGUCCAUAAAUUCAUUAUAAUUAUUAUAUAAUGUAUUCAUAC